AUCCAACGCGGCCCAUGCAGGCACCGCACAGGCCAGCUAAGUCACACAGCAGCCUUCUGUCUGUGCGAGGACCCCGGACAGCUUGGCGGAAGUGAUGCUCGGGAGUCCGGAAGAGCUGUGUGUGCGAGGACCCGACUGGCGUGUCAAUGGCGAGGGCAGCUAUGUGCCUGCAUGGAGAGUGUGCAGGCGACGCUGCGGGCAGCUAGGUGUCAGGACCCCGGCACACAUGUGUGAUCCGAGCUGCGGCUUCCUGCAGCAAGAUGAAGGUUUCCCUGACAUCCCCGGGCAUAGACAGGAGGCUGAAACACCGGCUGGCACAGUAUUUGAGCAGUAACCGGUGCGGGGGGUAUGUGGAUAUCGCUGUUGUAGCCGCUGAUCUACAGAAAGCGUACAGUACAGAGUAUGGCCGGAGAAAACGAAACGCCUUCAGAAUCCAGGUAGAGAAAGUGUUCAAGGUGAUCUGUGAGGAGAACGAGGAACUCGGGGAUCUGGAAAAUGCACAUUUGGCAAAGCGGGCGAGGAAAGGAGCUGACGGAAGUCUGCAAUGUCCUUCCGAAGACUCUACAGACAGCGAUGAUUAUACAGAGCAGCCGUCUUCAAAUCACAUGAACAGUUCUCUGCUGUCCUUGUAUCGGAAAGGACAUCCAGACUCCGCUUCAGAGACUCCUUCCAAAACCGAGGCUCCAGACACCAGCACACCAGCACCGUCCAAAUCCGACCCAACCGCGAGCUCCCGGCAGACGAGAACCUCGGAAGCCGGCUGGUUCAUAGAUAAAACCCCCAGCAAGGCCGUAGAGAAGAGUCUCUUCAUAGACCUGUGCGAUGAUGUAGAGGGGCAGCAGCCAGCUGGAGGCAGAGAGAACUCUGUAGACACCUCUCUCUUGGAGAGUGAGAAAAAGCCCAGGCUGAAGAAAAGCCGGAAGGGGAAGGUAGAGUCCCAGGAUGUGGACGAGGAAAUAAAAUCUGUCCUGAUGAAUAACAAAGGGAAAGGGAAAGCCAUUGAGUUGCAGAGGUCAACGGUCUCUUUCGAGGAUGUUGGAGGAAAUGACGCCACCCUGACGGAAGUUUGCAAACUGCUGAUUCACAUGCGUCACCCAGAGGUUUACCAGCACCUGGGGGUGGUGCCUCCGCGUGGGUUCCUGCUGCACGGCCCCCCAGGCUGCGGGAAAACGUUACUCGCUCAGGCCAUAGCUGGGUCACUGGAGUUACCCAUGCUGAAGGUCGCAGCCACAGAGAUGGUGUCCGGGGUCUCGGGGGAGUCGGAGCAGAAGCUGAGGGAGCUCUUUGACCAAGCUGUGGGCAGUGCCCCGUGCAUCCUCUUCAUCGAUGAGAUUGAUGCCAUUACCCCAAAGCGAGAAGUGGCUUCCAAGGACAUGGAGCGCAGGAUUGUGGCUCAGCUGCUGAGCUGUAUGGAUGACUUGAACAAUCUGUCCAUCACUGCACAGGUCCUGGUCAUCGGGGCCACAAACCGGCCAGAUUCGCUGGACCCUGCCCUAAGACGCGCCGGGAGGUUCGACCGGGAGAUCUGCCUAGGGAUUCCAGACGAGGGCGCCAGGCAGAGGAUCCUGCAGACUUUGUGCCGCAAACUGAAACUCCCAGAAUCCUUUGACUUCAAACAUCUGGCUCAUCUAACACCGGGUUAUGUUGGCGCAGACCUGAUGGCGCUUUGCCGGGAGGCAGCAAUGUGCGCAGUGAACAGAGCGCUGAUCUUGCUGCAGGAACAGAGGCCCGUGGAGGCUGGUGUAGAGGAUCCGGCCUCUCAGCCAGGAGUUGUAUCAUCUCUGUUACUUGCCCAGGAUGUGCGGCCAAGUCAGGAUGAGUUGCAGAUGCUGUUGAGGCUGCUGAAAGACCAGACUCCCUUCCCAGAGCAGCGGCUGCACGGAAUGCGCAUCGAGAUGGCGGAUUUUCUGAGCGCCCUGCCGGCCGUGCAGCCCUCCGCCAAGCGAGAAGGCUUUGCUACUGUGCCAGACGUGACAUGGGCGGACAUAGGGGCACUGGAUGAAAUUCGCGAGGAGCUUACCAUGGCUAUAUUGGCGCCAGUGAGGAAUCCAGAGCAGUUUAAGGCUCUCGGUCUGAUGGCUCCAGCUGGUGUAUUAUUGGCUGGGCCCCCUGGCUGUGGGAAAACAUUACUUGCAAAGGCAGUUGCGAAUGAAUCUGGACUCAACUUUAUCUCUGUAAAGGGCCCUGAGCUUCUGAAUAUGUAUGUUGGUGAAAGUGAACGAGCCGUUCGUCAGGUGUUUCAGAGGGCCUCAAACUCCUCCCCCUGCGUCAUAUUUUUUGAUGAGAUAGAUGCAUUGUGCCCGCGAAGAUCCGGUCAUGAGUCUGGAGCCAGUGUAAGAGUGGUCAACCAGCUGCUGACGGAGAUGGACGGCAUGGAAAGCAGACGCCAAGUUUUUAUCAUGGCCGCGACUAACCGCCCAGAUAUCAUUGACCCGGCCAUUCUCCGGCCUGGACGACUAGACAAAACUCUGUACGUUGGACUCCCGCCUCCUGCUGACCGCCUGGCUAUACUGAAGACCAUUACCAAAGAUGGUACCCGGCCUCCUCUGGGCUCAGAUGUAAAUCUUGAGGCUAUUGCUUGUGACGAACGAUGUGACUGCUUUACGGGUGCUGACCUGUCAGCUCUUGUACGAGAGGCCUCGAUCGGUGUCCUGCGGAGCAGGAUGUCCCAGCCGGAUCCUGCUGCCAGCACAGAUGACGUCCGUGUUUGCCAGAAACACUUUGAAGAGGCGUUCAGGAAGGUGAAACCCUCCGUUUCCAAAAAGGAUCAGAUAAUGUACGAGCUGCUGCGCCAGUCUCUCAGCCCCUGACCGGUACUGACGGUGGGGAGGGUAACAGACCGGUGUUUGUCUGUAGAUUGCCAGCUUGUGGGUGACACAAUGCACCAGUCAUCGUUUUACUAUGAAGACAUCCAGUGGAUUCGGCUUGGGUGCGGCGUCGGACGAUGUGAAGUGGCGACAUUGCGCAGGAACACCGCGGUUUGGCUCCGGAGUUUUGUGCAAGCACUAGAAUGUGGAGUGUGAUUCUGUAUAAAGGACUGGGGGACGUCACUGCCCGGGCUGGAAGUGAGGAGGGGGCAAAAUAUUCUCCUAAUCUCAUUAUUUUGUAGAAUAAAUGUUUUUGCUACCUCUCUG